CGGUAAAUACACAUUAAGCAGCGUCACACCGCCAGCUAAAUUGCAAAAUAAGAAGAAGCAUGUCCAUGUAAAGGAGCAGUUAGACGAAGGCAGGCUGCAGGAGAUUCAAAUACCAGAUUUGGGUAUCACCACAAACUGAGCCAUGGCCAACAUUCAGAUCAGAAAGUACCGAGAUGAGGACUCUGAGGCUGUAAAGGAGCUCUUCACCUCAGGGAUGAAUGAGCAUCUACCUUCGUCCUUCAUGCACGUCAUGAAACAGCCCCUGACCCAGAUGCUGCUCAUGUGCACGUUCUGCUCAUUGAUGGCCAGCUCCAAGUCCUUCCUGCUGCCCGUCCUGGCAGUCACCCUCCUCCUGGCCGGAGUCCGGCAAAUGAUUGCCUACAUAUUCAACAAACACAUAGAGGCCUCCUUGAAGAAUGACCUCAACAACAUUGGCGAGACUUACCUGAAUCGUGAAGAUUCAUGUUUCUGGGUGGCUGAAAGUGACGGCCAGGUGGUCGGGACAGUAGCAUGUCUCCCCGCUGAGGAUGCACCUGAGUUUUUGGAGCUGAAACGUAUGUCUGUUUGUCGCAGUCACCGGGGGAUGGGCAUCGCUAAAGCUCUCUGUCGGACAGUAGCGGAUUUUACUCUGGACAGAGGUUAUCCUGCUGUCACCCUCUACACCUCUAUGGUCGCAACUGAUGCUCAGAAACUGUAUGAACACAUGGGUUACAAGAAGAUAAGGCAGUUUCUUUUACCUGAGUUUUUUGCCAAAAUUAUCAACUUCACUCUGAUUGAGUACAGACUUAAUUUAGAGGAAGAGAAAUAAAGCUAGUGAAACCAACAGACUCUUUAAAACUAACUUAUCAUAUUUGUACUUAGUUUAUUUGAUCUUUUUUCGCCUACCGUUGUUACUUUCUCUGCAUAGGUCAGGCAUGUAGCACGUUUUCUACUGUUUUUCAUCCAUCUAAAAAUCUCAAACAAUAAACUUUGAAGGUUUUUGUCUUU